AAGGUGUCACGUAAGAAAUUUCGUAAGUUUACCUACCCCGGAAAGUCAGCAGAAGAAAUAGAAUCAGAAAUUCGAAACAAAGAUAAUGUAAGCAUUUCGCGUUCACAUGUUAAAAUACAUUGUAGGACGAACAAUCUCCCAAUUGACCAAUCGAAUGCUUGUCUUAAUAAAAUAGAGAAAUUAUGCUCUGCGGUGCAUUAUAAGGUUCCAAAUGCCGAG